AACAGAACGCAAGUUAUUCGUGGGCAUGUUGAACAAGAAGUUGUCUGAGAAUGAUGUGAGGGCGUUGUUUGCUGGCCACGGAGCCAUCGAGGAGUGCACCGUGCUGCGUGACGCACAGGGCCAGAGCAAGGGCUGCGCGUUCGUCACAUUUGUGUCGAAACAGGCCGCCAUCGCCGCUAUUAAGGCUUUACACCACAGUCAAACAAUGGAGGGUUGUUCAGCGCCGUUAGUCGUGAAAUUCGCUGAUACACAGAAAGAAAAGGAACAGAAGAAAUUGCAAGCCAUGCAGGCGAGCCUUUGGGGGCUAACGGCACCCAUUGCUCCUGCGACGUACCUCGCCUCUGAGGCAGCACUGUCGCCCGCAACCCAACUGCAACUGCUGCAGCAACUGCAAGCUGUUGGGUUGCAACAACAACUACUACAAGGCCAAGGGUCCACGCUGCUGCAAGGCGUAAACUACCAAGAUAUUGGUUUCAAUGGUGCAGGCCUGAGUGGGAGCACGGUGAGCGGAGUGGGAUCUUUAGGUGGGGGUGCGGCUGAUCAACUUGGGGGUCUUUUAGCCCCCGUGUCAGUGCAGAAUCUAGCUGCGCUCGCGGCCAUGACGCAGCCGCCGGUAGUGACGCAAGCUGCUGCUAUCCAGCCUGCCAGCGCGCCACAACAAGCUGCACCACCAUUGUGGUCCACAGCUGAGCCUCUAGGCUCGGCAUACGCUGCGCAAUUCGGCACAGCUUUCGCAGCCGCUCCACUUGGAUCAGUGUUAGGGUCUGCUGCCGCCGCAGCCGCUGGGAAGCAGGUUGAAGGUACGGGUAAUCUUUAUUUUGCUGGACCUGAAGGCGGGAACCUGUUUAUAUACCACCUGCCUCAGGAGUUCACCGACACGGACCUGGCGUCCACCUUCCUGCCGUUCGGCCACGUGAUAUCGGCUAAAGUGUUCAUAGACAAACAGACGAACCUGUCAAAGUGCUUCGGUUUUGUCUCGUACGACAACGCGGCGUCCGCGCAGGCUGCCAUACAGCCAUGAACGGUUUCCAAAUAGGUACAAAGAGACUCAAAGUUCAAUUGAAACGUUCUAAAGAACUAUCGAGACCGUAUUAAAUAUUCCAGAACUCGUUCCUAGUGAAUUUACAAAAAAAGAGUAAAAACAAACUUUUGCAAAGAGGUUGUAAGAUUCCGAACGUUUGUUGUGAUGUAUCCGGUGCACUUGAACUGACUUGUUUGGUAAGGUACGUUCGCAACGGUCGAGUCCACGUGCACAGUUGUUAACUAAAUAAGAAUAACGUUAAGGUUUGUGUCAAAGGAUUUAUCGUUUCCAAAGUAUUCCCCAAAUUGUUUAUUAUAUUAUUAUAAUUAUUAUUUUCUUAACAUUUAAGUUUUAGUCACAUUAAGCAUAAGUUAAAGGAUCGAUACAUUUCGCAAGCGCCAAAGAGCUGGUGAUUUUGAAUGAUUACCAUAAUGUCUACACAAUCAUAAUAUAACUGGCGAGGAAAUUGUUUAUUCAUACACAAAGAUGUAAUUUUCAUUAUCCAAAGUCUCGGUCGGUAUCGAGGUACCGUGUACCGAAUAGUAUUCGCUUAUACACCGUUAAGUUCAUUAGAACAAUUACUUAUUAUUAUAAUAAUUUUUAUUAUUGUUACAGUUAUUUUAUUUUCUUUUAUUUUAUGUUACCAACUUGAUAGUUAAUUGUAAAAUAAUACCUAUACCUAAUUAUUGUGGCCAUUGUCAGUUUUGCAGUCAACAUUUUUUUCGUUUAAAAUUUUAAGUGUUUAGAUUAACGAAGUGAUCUCAAAGCGAUCAGUGUAUUUAUUAUUUACAUUACUUGUUGUCAAAUAGUGUACUUAACAUGGACGUGCGUGGAUCCCAUCUAUGUCCCGUCCGUAAUCUAACUGCCCGACUUGAAGAUACUUCGAAUAAUUCAGAAAUACGUACAUUUUUUCUAUUUAUGAACUAAUUCAUCAGUGGGAUAUAUUAACCUUCAAAUACAUAAUGUAUUAUUUUUAAGUUUUAAUUAUCACUUUAUGAGCAACAAACACAAAGAAAAUUAUAAAUAUAAGUUUACUCUUUUCUAGAUAAGAUCAAAAUUGACGCGAAUAGGUAACUUAAGCAACUUUCCCGUUACUUCGCACAAUAUUCGAAUAAUGAAUUCUGUGUCGAACGGACGGUUUCAGAAUUACGAAUAAUUUUCAUGAAUAACAUUCUGGAAUAUUUGAAAUAUCUUCCGGGCUUUACUUAACCUACUAUUGUGCUUGUUUUGUGUAAUUAAAUGUAAUACUUUAACACAGUCAACAACUAUAUAACUAACAAUUUUUAACACAUCGAACACUGGCCCUUUAGUCAAAAAUUUUUGUUAGCGUAAUAAGUAUUUAAUUAUAGAAAUAUUUUCGUAUGUAAGUUUUUGGUAUUUCAUUCUACUUCUUAAAAUAUGUUUCUAUUAAAUACUGUUCGUCACUAUUUACCUAAUAGUCACCGGCACAUUUUGAUUGUUUCAUAUUUUUGUAAUAUGUUUACGGAUUGGUUGUCACGGGGAUAUAUCGCGUUGUUGUACCUAACAGAAACACCUAUUACAAAUGUAUACAAAAAGUUAAGAUUUAAAGUGGAAAACGCCAUAAGCAUUAUAUUGUGCGCCGUCACAUUUUGACACCUGUCAAAAUUACAUAUUUCAAGAAAUCAUUCUUAAUUUAAGCGUACUUAAAAAAUGACCUUUUACUGUUUGUUUUACGCAAAACUGUGACUUCAACCAAACAACUCGUCUGAACAUGCUACUACGAUGUUUACCCGUGACACUGCCCGCAAAUGUAAAAUGUUUACCUUCUAUUAUUAAAUUAGCUAUUAAAUUAAGUAUUAAUUAUGUUUAUUACUUGAUUACGACCAUUUUUAUUGUUAUAAAAACGCUCAAUAGGUGAGAAAUAAGGGAAUUAAUUUAUCACUGGGGGAACACUGAAUAUUUAUUUUUAAUUUCUAUUCGUUUAUGAAAAUAAUUAAGUUUAUGUCAAUCGAUUUAAUUAUUUUUGUUAAUAACUUGUGCCAAUGCGUUUGUUUCAAAAAAGAGCUACGACCAAUCUUAAAAUCUAUUAAUGUGGAUUUCUUUAGAUGUAAUUAGUGAUGUACAAAGUCAGUCUUGCAUCAAGACGAAGUUAGCAAGACGUGAGAGACAAUCCGAGAAAAAAUAUAUCCGUUUAUUUAUUCAACACAGACCAAACCACUGCGGGAACGCAGAAUAUGGUUCUUAAUUACUUAUUCUUACUUUGCGCAUCACUAAUCAUUAAUUAUUUUCUAAAAGAACUGAUGUAGAGAGAGCAUCAAUAUUAUAACUUAAUUAAAUUUAGUUGAGUAUUAUUAAUUAUUAUUAUACAAAAAGUUUAUCAAGAUGGGUCUAUAUUAUUUAGUUUAAUUUAGUCAACGUUUUUGAUGUCUAAUGAAAGACAAUACCUAGACUGAAUAAGUUUCCUUCUUAGAUGUUACAGCGAUACAAUUUUUGUCAUGUGAUUCCUUUUAGUAAGUUCAUUAGUCGACACUGUAAACAUCUAUUUUCUUCGUCUUGCAAAUGUUAUUUUCUUGUUGUUAAGGUAAAUAAAUUAUUAUAAAGGCAUGUACGUAUUGUUAAAAGUGGACAUUGGGAAUAUAUAGAGUAAAUGGAGCUACGAUCCUCGACACGAACACUCGUUUAGUCUCCUAAAGGUGCGUCCAUAUUAUUGGUGGGACUGUUAUCUAGUGUUGCAACUUAUUUUUUCGGGACUAUUCUGUGUUGAGACCUUGGAAUCGUGUACAUAGUAAGUAAAUACGUUUAAGUAAACGCAUUGCUUUCGCAGUCUGCACUCCCACGAAUAAUAUUAGCGAGCCCCCAACGUGUGAUCUAGAUAGACGUCAAAAAUAUUGUGAAUAGAAUUUUUUACCUACAAUUUUCUAGGUGUUUGACGGGGAACCUUAUUGUUGCUAUUGCCUGAGUUUUGUACCACCAAAUGAUUGGAAAAUGCGUAAACUUUAAAGGCAUCUUUGUUUGAGAUAUGAGUAUCAAAGGUGACUCUCGAGUUACCGACAGCUUGCUUCUAUCGAGAUUCGGACCAACGCACAUGAUAUAAUUUAGAUGGAACUUUCAACCUUUGAGGGAACACCAUAGACUCAAGAAAGCAUCGAUUUAUAAUCUGCGGUUGGUUCGAAUGUCGGUACAUCUUGACGAUCACUGUCGUCAGGAGCCUGUAAUGUUACCGAUCAAAUGCCAUUAGCUUAUUUUCAAGCUCAACGUUUUUCUAAGCAUUUUAUAUAAAUGUCGCCUGAUGCUUAACAAAUUUAUUUACCUAUGAACCUAGUAACUAUGUAAAACCUGAUUAUGUCAAAGAAUAAUGAUUUAUUUGUGAAAUUUCUUGCUGAGACCAUCCGACGCAUAAGUCCUCGCAAAUUUUAUUAAAAAAAACUAGAAGUCAUUUUUUGUGACGUAAGUUUUUGUAAAAAAAUGUCGAGGAUUGAAAUUAUCAUUGAUGCGUCUCAUGUACUAUGGAAAUCUGUAAAUUAAUUAUUUAUACCCAGAUUCUUACAACUACUUACUUCUACGUCUACUUACAUUGAUUUGUAAUAAGAAAACCUUGGAUGUGUGUGAGCUUAGCCGACUUUAUUCGACUUUACGAGUAUACCCAAGUAUAUUCAAAAAAUUAAAUUAUUAUGUAAUUUACUUACCUUCCUUGAUACAAAAUUCGAAUGAUUCAAGAUUUUUUGAAUAUUGACUAUUGAUUCUAUAACAACAUGGAAUCUGGGUGCAUUAUGCAAUCUAUUGUUUUUUUAAUUGUAUACAUUAUAAGGCAAAGAUAAGCUUGAUAGUUUAUAUCGAGUCACGGUAUUUAAAACAGCAUACUAUCUAAAAUUGAAGCAAGAAAAUAAAAAUUAUUUUUACAUUCUCGCGGCACCACACUAGAUAUAAAAUUGGUAUGGAAAAUUAUAAAAGAACUGUUUUAUACAAACACCCGUUUUGUUGAUAUGAAUGUAAAUAAAUGUCAAGUUAAAUAAA